AUGGCUACAAAUGGCGAGCCAAAUGCUGCCUGGACACCUUCGGGUUGGAAGAGCAAGCCUAUUGUGCAAGGGGUCACAUAUGACGACCAAGCAUCGUUCACGAAAGCACUUGGAAAGCUGGCCACUCUCCCACCCCUCGUCACACCUCGAGAAAUCGUCAAGUUGAAGAAUGAAUUGCGAGAAGUAGCCUUGGGAAACGCGUUUUUAUUACAAGGCGGCGACUGCGCCGAGCUCUUCGACUACUGCAACCAAGACAUGAUUGAAGCCAAAGUCAAGCUGCUUCUGCAGAUGUCACUGGUUUUGAUCUAUGGUGGGAAGAAGAAGGUUGUCCGCAUCGCCCGAAUGGCGGGUCAGUAUGCGAAGCCGCGGUCCUCUCCCAUGGAAACAGUCAAUGGAGUCACCAUGGCUAGUUUCCGAGGCGACAUACUGAACAGCUAUGAGGCUGACCCAGCAGCUCGGAUACCGGACCCUAACAGGCUGGUCGAUGCCUACUUCCACUCUGCUGCCACCCAAAACUACCUACGUGCAGCUCUAUCUUCCGGACUCGCCGAUUUGCAUGCUCCAUUAGAUUGGAGCCUAGGCCAUGUCCGUGAUCCAAUGGUCCGAGACGAUUAUCAACGUAUCGUUGAGCGAAUCAGAGAUACCUUGGAUAUGAUGCGUACGAUAGGACUCGACACUGCCGGUGGCCUUGAGACAGUAGACCUUUUCACCUCUCACGAGGGUUUAUUGCUCGAGUACGAAGAAACACUCACCCGUCGGUUCAAGCAUCCUCCAAAUGCUCUGUCGACAAACAUCCCCAUCUCCAGGCCCUGGAGCUCUUCAAAAUCUCGCAAGGCUUCGCUCCCCACUCAGCUGCCGCCACCUCUGCCUCCAACAGAGGCAUAUUACGACACAUCUGCGCACUUCAUCUGGAUUGGUGACCGUACACGACAAUUGACACACGCGCACGUUGAUUUCUUCCGCGGCAUUGCCAACCCAAUCGGUAUCAAAGUUGGUCCCAGCAUGCCUCCCGCAGAUCUUGUCCCUCUACUCAACAUAUUGAAUCCUUCUUACGAGGUUGGCAAAAUUGUUCUCAUUACCAGAUAUGGCCAUGACAAGGUUGGGACACACUUGCCAGGGCAUAUCCGUGUCGUGCAGCAAUCGCCUCACCGAGACACAGUCGUGUGGCAAUGUGACCCCAUGCACGGCAACGGAAGAAACGCCACCGUCUCAGUUCCAAAUUCAUCAGGCACAAGCACAACAACAAUUAAGACCCGUCGAUUCUCUGAUAUCCUGUCAGAGCUUCGCCAGGCCCUGCAGAUUCAUCGAUCAAUGUCCAGCUACCUGGGCGGAGUACACUUAGAGCUCACAGGUGAAGCAGUCACAGAAUGCGUUGGUGGAGCAGAACAACUCACUGAGGAGGACCUGAGUCUCAACUAUACAACGUUCUGCGAUCCAAGAUUAAAUGAGAAGCAGGCACUCGAAUUGGCAUUCCUAGUAGCGGGAUUUUAUAGGGAGUCUGAGGCGACAGGCGACAAAAGCAAACAAUAG